AUGGCCAAGCGCCUUUUUUCAUCUUCUACGCUCCUUCACUGUCCUCCCGCUUUCCCUCGGACAGGGGCUGCGUCGAUGGAGGUUCUCUCGUUUCGGGCCACGGCCCGCCAUAAGGCCAGUCUGCGGCAUUUUUCGUCCAAAUCAUGGCGGCAAUAUCACAAAGACAAUGAAAAUAAUAGAGGUGGAUUCGGUUCACGGCUAGGAUUUGCCCUGCGCAACACUAAGGUCGAAUGGUAUCCCAUUCCCGUUGGACUCGGUAUCGGCCUACUAGGGUUGUUGAGUUUCUACAAAUCACAGCGCGCGGAACGCGAACGUCUGGCCCGCGAUGCCGCUGGAGAUGAAUGGGAGGAUGGAAAGCGACCCCCACGCCGUCCACGCAUAUCACUAUCUGGUCCAUGGCAUGUUCAGAUCAUGUCUACCCUACCCCUAAAGGCCAUGUCGCGGCUGUGGGGUCGUUUCAACGAAAUCGAACUUCCUUACUACUUCCGUGUACCCGGCUUCAAACUCUACUCCUGGGCCUUUGGUGUCAACCUUGAGGAGGUCGCCGAGCCUGACUUGCACACAUACCCAAAUCUGGCCGCGUUCUUUUACCGCAAGCUGAAGCCCGGUGUUCGACCUUUGGACCCUGAUCCCCGCGCACUUUUGGCGCCCUCCGACGGUCGAAUUCUGCAAUUCGGAAUGAUCGAACGUGGUGAAGUUGAACAGGUUAAAGGAAUGACGUACAGUCUGGAUGCCCUCUUGGGUUCGGCCACGCCUGAACAUGCUGAUCACACUAACCGGUUGGUCGACAAGGGCGCAAAGGAAACGCAAAAGGAUGUCGAAAACAUGUCUGCCCAUGAAGAGUUCGCACGCAUGAAUGGUAUUUCUUAUACGCUCCCAACCCUGCUCUCUGGUGAAUCCGAUGGCUCCAAACGCCGUGCGUCAUUGGAUGCUUCAACUGCAUCCAAGGUAACCUCGGAAAUCCAAGUCCAAGAAGAGCUGGCUCGUGGUGACGGAGUCCCGUGGUACGCGCCAAAAGCUGCGGCUAACCAUGCCUUGUUCUACGUGGUGAUCUACCUGGCUCCCGGUGACUAUCACCGGUUCCAUUCCCCAGCUCCCUGGGUAGUUGAGAGCCGUCGUCACUUUGCUGGUGAGCUUUACUCCGUUUCACCCUAUCUGCAAAGGCAUCUACCCGGAUUGUUUACUCUCAACGAACGUGUGGCACUUCUUGGUCGGUGGCGAUGGGGAUUCUUCAGUUACACACCGGUCGGGGCCACCAACGUAGGCUCCAUCAAAAUCAACUUUGACUCGGAAUUGCGUACAAAUAGUCUUUUAACCGACACCGCUGCGGACUUAGCAGCGGCCUUGGCUGCUAAGCGGGGUGAGCAAUAUCCCGGUUUUGUCGAGGCGACUUAUCGCCACGCUAGCCAUACGCUUGGCGGACAUCCCCUGCAGCGUGGAGAGGAGAUGGGAGGGUUCCAGCUAGGCAGCUCGAUCGUGCUUGUGUUUGAAGCUCCCCUUGGAACUCGCAAGUCUGUCGAUGCCGGCUGGCCGGACGAUGCUCCAAGUGAUGGCUGGACAUGGAGUAUUGAAAAGGGUCAGCGCAUCAAGGUCGGUGAAAAGUUGGGCUUUGUGGGUGACGCGUGA